UCAAACGAUCAUUUCCAUAAGACAUACCAAACCAGGCCACACCACUCACAAGCCAGCAACUUCGAAUUACCAGAGAAGAACAAGUUCAUCUGUUCAAGUUUCUAGAUGGACUCUUCGGAGUUCUCUUUUGAGUCUUGUUCUUCCUUCAGCUCUCUGGGUUCUGAUCUUUCCUGGGACAUGUUCAAUUUUGAUCACAGUUACAAUCAAGUACAAGUACCCGCUCAGCUACCAUUCAACGAAAACGACUCUGAAGAAAUGGUUCUUUACGGAGUUCUUGCUCAGGCUGGUGCCGGAGACUCCUCCGACGCAACCAGUACUGCUCAUCAUUCUAAAGAUCAUGAAGAGGUGAACUCCAACGCCGCCGUGGAAUACGAGGAGCCUGUGAAGGACGAGAUAGCAUAUAGAGGGGUCCGCCGGCGGCCAUGGGGGAAGUACGCGGCGGAGAUAAGGGAUUCAACCCGAAAUGGGGUGCGGGUUUGGUUGGGAACUUUUGACACGGCGGAGGAUGCAGCUCUAGCUUACGACCAAGCAGCAUUUGCAAUGCGGGGGACUCUGGCGGUACUUAAUUUUCCGGCUGACGUUGUUUACCAGUCGCUCGUCGACAUGCAGUACGGGUUCGAAGAGGGCUCAUCUCCGGUUUUGGCCUUGAAGAAAAGGCACUCCAUCAAGAGGAAGUCAUCGAUGAACAAAAAGAAGAAGGACGUUCAGAAGUGUGAUGAUGAUGUUGAGGAGUUGAGGUUGGAAAAUGUGGUGGUUUUUGAGGAUCUUGGUGCUGACUAUUUGGAAGAGCUUCUCAGUAUAUCUUCUUAAAUAUCUGAACUGCUCCAUCCACUUUUGGACCUUGUUUUUCUAUUUUCUUUUCUAUUUUUGGGUACGUUUACGAGGGCCACUAGUUUUGCUUUUCAUAGAUAUUCAUCGAUCUCUCUUUUGUAAUUGUCUGUAAAUUAUUAUCAAGACAAGGAUUGAUUAAGCUUUAUCAAUAAUAUGAGU